AACUCAAAGUGCUCCUUUUUUCACUCUGCUUCCGUUGGUGUAGUUUGUGUAGCACGAGGCUUAUGGCGGUGCUGCAAAUGUUGACAGGUGACACUUGUUGUAGCUAGUCAAUGUUGUUAUACGCAAUGCCUUGACCUUCAUGACGUGCCGUGUGAGAGAGCGUGUGCAUGACUGCUGUUUUCAAGACACCGAGAGACGCCAGUGUGUCAGACUUAUGACCAUAUACUGUACGAAGUGGAUAUUAUGUUGGCCCUUACGAGUACGAACCAACACUAUCUUCUGUACACGUCUUACGCCAAGAGCAGUCGCCGAGUAGAUCCUUGUACCCAUCUGAUCAACCUACGGAAUGAUACAGAAAAAAAGAUGGUGGUAUUCCAGGGAGUUUCUUAUGAUCAAGGCUCUUGGACUGUGGAAAAUAAGUACAUCAUGACAGACAAACCAGACGAUGAUCAAGCGAAAGAUUAUAUGACAUCGACUUUUGAUUCAAAAUACCGACAAUAUGGUCAGAAUUACCGCCUGGUAUUUGCAAAAUAUGGGAAAUGUUUCAUCCUUCGUGAAAUCGACGACAAACGACCCUACAACGUCUCAACGCGACCUCUACAAGGCUGUGAGCUUUGGGUCACGAGGGACCUCGCCGAAGCCAGAAACCUGCCGUGUGCAAGUGUUUUUAAGACAAUGUGCGGUGAGCAACAACAACAGUCAUUCAAUGCAACACUGUGCUGCACACGCACUACUGGCAACGAGAGCCCGCCGUGGUGCGCUCAGAAGUCAUGAAAAUAAAUUCUUUUGUCAUAAUGACCUGCAAGAGAGAAGAGCUUGCAAAACGCUAUUUUGUUCACUAAAUCACCAGAGACACGCUUGGUCGAUCACACAGAAUAAAGGUAUAGUGCAUCGGC